AUGACAAAACUCACUAUAUUUUUUGCAAUGCUCAUUAUGUACAUUGCCAUUAAACCCUCAAUGGAAGAAAAUAUUGCACCACAACCGGCCAACAAUGGCGAAGAAGCAUUAGCACCUUCAGCCAUGGAUGAUUUCUUGGAAGAUUUUGCCGGCCUAGCACCUUCCCCCACUGAUGCUUUCUUGGAAAAGUGUGUUGAGAAUUUCAACGAGACCUGUGGCUCGGAGAUCUUUGAGGGCAUAUUUAUAAAUACGACGGUCACUGCACCGUGCUGUAAGAACCUUGUGGCGAUGGGAAAGGAGUGCCAUGGCACGUUGGUUAACAGAAUUCUUGAAAUGCCUUGGAUUAGAAGACAUGUUAAUGUGCCCCAAGUAUUGUCUCAUAGUGAUGAGAUUUGGAGCAAAUGUGUUUCGGAUGGGGUGGUUGUUUCGUCUGCCUCGUCUGCCUCGUCUCCAAGCUCUUUCUAA